UUUAGUUGUUCGUACAAUUUACUCGUAUUCGGUGCUGCAGCUACUGAUAUCAAAUGUCAAAAUGUCUGCGUCUGGGAACUUGUGAUGCUGUGCGGCGUAUCAUGAGGAGGCGACAAUUGCUGGCUCAGCAUGAAAAGUUUCUGAGCUUCUAGGUGUUGCCUAUUUUGCAUGACAGACUACGUUUCUGCAUGACAGAUUUAAGAGUCAUGCCAGACAAGCAUGACAAACUUGCAUUCUUCCAGCCCCGGACAUUUUUGCAUUUGAUAACUGAAGCUUACCCCUACGACGGCGGGUGAAAUUCAGGCGUCGCAAUACUUUUAAAGGACUUUCAAAAAACUUUGAAAAUUUCAAACUUUCUUGGUCGCCCACAUGAAAAAAAAACGCAGAAAGUUGCCCGCCGGCUUGGAAAAAAAAAAUCGCCUCUUGGCAGUAUGUGGCAGGAAAAAAAAAGUCGGAAACGACGCGCAGACCCAAAAAAAAAGCAGCAGGAGGAGGCUGCGUCUGGGUUUUCUUUUUUUGCUCUUUGGCCUCAUAGCAAAAGGACUGCUCUGCGCUUCAUGGGCGCGACAGAAAUCGCACACAUUUGGUGGGGAGCACUUCAUGCAAAGUCCCCCUGUCCCCUUCCAAAAAAAGAAAGGCGUCGCCCGGUAGUAACUCGGCGAAAAAAAUGGCACGGCUGCGGCAGUGGUCUGGCGAAAUUUGUUGCAGCUACGCUUGGCGGCUUUUCGCAAUAUCAAGCGCCACAGUUACGGCGCGAAACGGGGCCGGCCCCGGGUCCGGCCGCCCAUUAUGGGCGACCGGCAUCGCGGGAUCCGUUUGUAAGCGGCUGCGUUUGGAAGCCGUGUAUGAAUGAAACGGAAAAAUUGCGUAGAGAAUACCAUGCGGCACGCGCCUCGCACCGGGGGCACGGUGGGAGUUGGUUCGCCCAAAUGGCGCGGUGUUCGGGACGGCCAAAGUGCCCGAAUCCGCUCGGGGAACGUGUUAAAAACACAGUCAAUUCCCUGGCCCGAUUCUGCCUGCGGCCAGAAAAGUCGCGAGUUUUCCUGCUCAAAAGACUUUGAAAAGACUUUGAAAAAACUUUGGAAAGACUUUGGGAAAAGCGCCCAGAAGUGCGCGCUUUUUGAAAGCUUCGCCCGAUGGUAUGGCCAAUUUUGGCCAUGCAAAAACGGGAACGCUUUUCAAAGUCUUUUCAAAGUCUUUUCGAAGUCUUUUCCAAAGUCUUUUCAAAGUCUUUUCGAAGUCUUUUGAAAGUCUUGCGUCUGACUUUGGCGAGGCGGCCGGACCUCAGACUUUGGCGCGGGAAGUUGGGCCAUACCGUCGGGAUUCGGCCAGUCGGCCGGGUCCAAAAGAGACAAAGAAGGCCAAUUUUGGCCAUUUGUGUGCUGCCAUGCCCCCGGGGCUGCGCGCGUGCCGCAUGGUAUUCUGGGCACCAAAUUCGCGGCGCCGCGAAGUUGGAAGGCGGCGCGGCGCAUGUGACACAUGGGGGGUCGCAGUACCACCGGCGCUGCGCGCGUGCCGCCUGGGUAUCUGGCCGCAUCUUUCCUAGCGCCGCCUCCGAAGCGGAAGCAGCUCGCGGCGCCGCGAAGUUGGGGGCAUGUGACACACGGGGCGUCGUAGUGCCGCCGGCGCGGCAUGCGUGCCGCGUUACAAUCUGGCAGCGUUUUUCCUUCUGCCUAUGCCACGCCCCAAGUGGGCCCACUGCUUUAACGCGCCGCGCAGUCCCCUACUACAGCAACAAAUGGCGACGGAACUUCGCGCGCCCUUUCGCCCUCGCUGUGUUUUUUUCUUGAUGUUGGAAAGGGCCGCGCCCAGCAACGCGCCGGGGGCGCAGCCUCUUACCUAGCGCGCCAUCCGGGCAACGGGAAGCGCAGGGGGACAGCGACAGGGCAUGGGGCAACCAAAAGAAGGGCGCCAGCGUGUGGCGCGCGGCCCGCAAGCAAAAGUUUUAUCAUAGUUCUGCCCAAGUAUUUCGGCUGGAGGAAACGCCUGGGCGUCGUAGGUGUAAGAAGCGUUCUUUUGCGGUGCCGGCUCCCGUUCUGCCACGCGGCUGGGCAGGACGCGACUCGCAUUCUUGUUGUGUGUGAGCAUAAGACGUUCCUGUUGGUCCGGCAGCAAGGCGUUGUAAGCUCUGAAGAGUUAUCAAGUGCAAAUAUGUUCGAGUCUGGAAGGAUGUGAAACCUGCUUUCUUCUGCAUAAGAAGCCUGAGCGUGCAAAUCUUCGUCUUCCAGACCCAAACACAUUUGCAUUGCAUAAAAAUGCACCGAACCCUAAGCGCACUCGUUCCCGCACACAGCCAUCAGGUAUGCACUGCAAGAGCAUCGCACUCGUCGGAGUCUCUUUAUGCGCGAAUUGCGCGCAAGAGUAGCGAGUGCGAUACUUUUGCCAGAAAGCAAGGACAUGAGGAGAAACAGAAAGCAAGGACAUCAUCACGAAAACGAGCAACCUCAGUGUUACUCCCGUAACGCACCCCCUCCCAAGGCCGGCCGAAAACAUCCCACGGCCGGGCCCGUGCUCGUAGUUAGUCAAAUGCACGACGUUGUCACCCAUCACAAUGAGCAAGAGUCUGUACGUUCACUACCCCGGCCGCCUCCGUCGUGAAGUUUGGUUGCGGUCGUCGGAGAAGGGCCAGAACCUACAGAAGGAGAAGGAGUUAUUACAGCGAAAAAGCCCGCAGCCAUCUCAAGACGCGCUGUCUGAGAACAAAAACCACGACUGUCCUGCAUGACAAUUUUGGGUGGUCUGUCGGCUUUUUUAACGGAAUAGGUGCGGGCGUUUGACUACUCUGCCCGCCGCGUUCUUUGCCUUGACGCGGAAAACAACAAGCAGACAGACACCAACCCGACAGACAACAACCAGACAGCAGCAAAACAGCACCCAAAAAACAACAGCCUCCACCGACCUGGCGCCCGGGCUGCAGCGUCUUCUACCAAAGCGGCAGCGGCAACAGCGCUCAGCAACUUCUGCCGGAACGCCGGAAUAAACCCCGCAAAUGCCACAAAAGGUAACAGGAACAUUGGCCCCCGGGCUUUUGUAGUGCGGAUUUGACUUCGCAGAAAGAUUUUUAAUGCAAGAACUGCAUUGAUUUUUAUACGAGUGCGAUACUUUUGCAAAGGAUAGCCAUUGAGCUGGAGCGGCUCCGGAUCCCCACGCAGCCACGCCGUAUCCUGUGUGAGUUUUCCCGCACUGCCUCUUCGUGCGGCGCUCACGUCGCGAGCCACGUCGGGAAACUGUGCACACAGGAUAAAGCUAGUCAGCAGUUUAG